CUCAUUCUUCCCCAGACCUCUGUCCACUCGUGAGACCUCAGAGCUUGCAGUUAGUUAAGAGGUUUCCUACUUUAAUCCAGUCCUUGCUAGCCUCCUCCCUCAUUGCUAGUCUGUUCACUUUACUGACAAGUCAGGCUUUGUGGUUUUUGAACAGCUGCUGCGACUGCUUUUCAGAAUUCUUGGACCUUUUCCCUCCUCUUCCUCCUCCUCUCCUCCUUUUUCCCCAUCAGAAUGCUUCCCUCGACAUCCUUCCUGACUGCCUCUUUUGGAUGAAAGAUGUAUGUUAGGUUGAACAGAGCACACUGAAUGAGAACAGUGAACUCUACUCUGGGAACUGUAGACAGUGAAAAACAAGCAAGGCUUGCAUCUGACUCGAGAGUGGACAACUGUUACUGCCCUUCCCUUGUUAGAAAUCCGCCUGCGAGGACCCUAUGACCUACUACUUUACAGUCAACAAAACUACGGGCACAUAGCAUCAGCAUCAAGGGGGCCUGUGAAACUGCAUAUAAUCUCUGGUAUGAACAUGCCUGGUAUUCUUUGUGCUUGGCAAAAGUUCUGUGUGAGUCCUCAGUGUAAGACCACUGAGCUAUUUUUGUUCAGAGCCAAGACACAAGCUAUAUUGCUUGCCUUCAAUCAACAGCAGCUAUUUUUAGGGCUUUCAGAGUCAGAGAAGGAAGUAGCAGUUGGUGAUUGGAAGCUUGACUGACCCAUGGUCAUUUCCAAACCAUUAACAACUUUUUUCUUCCCAGCGAAGUUUUCAACCUUGGCUCCUCACUCAGGAAGAAUUUUUUUUUUUGUGUGUGUAUCUUUUAUAUGCAAGGCAUUGUACAGACAGCUGUGCCUACAUAAAAUGAAUAAAUGGUGCUGCUGGUGGUGUGGCUCAGUGGUAGUUUACCUGGUAUUCUCAAUGCUCUGGAUUGGAUUGCCAGCACUGCGAAAGAAAAAAACUGUUCACAGCACAGUGAAUUUUAUAAAUGAAGUAUACUAAGUUCAGUGUUUCUUGUUUGAAACACUUUGGGGCCAAAUAUGGCUUGCGAGCCAGAAAUGUGUGGAUUUUAGAAAUCAUAUGCAUACUAUAUAUGCAUGCUCUAAUAGCCUCAGCAGUUCAUUCAGGCAGUAUCUCUUAGUUAUAUCCACUAUUAUUUCUGCAUUGGGAUGUGAAUAGUCACACUAAGCAAAAAAUAAAGAAAUGAGUUUCAAAUUAGAGCAGCUUAUCUUUGUCGCCAAAAGAAAUUUCUGCAAAUGUAGGAGAAACAUUUCCAUAUCCUAAUGGCUUUGAGGAUUGCUCAUAAAAGACUGUAGUGUUUAUUAGAGGAAGACACCCCCACUAUCAAGCCAUAUAUGGCAAGGAAGGAGUUCUGCAAGAAACGACAUUCUAGUUGAGAGUCGAAGAGGGACUAAGCAGAUAGGUAGGUUCCUCUUUGCUUUUAUUCUUAGAAUAUAAUUGCAACUAUAAAAUGUCUUAAGACUCCCAGUUGAAAAUAUUUCUGUUACUGUGAUAGAGCUGUAAAGAGAACUGAUAAAAUUUGUUUUUUUUUGUGUGUAUGUGUAUGUGUGUGUCAGACCAGGGUUUGAAUACCCAAUUCUGCCUUGAGCAACAUGGGUAACAUUUAUCCCUUCCUUUUUAUUUUUCUGGACAGUGUCUCACUGUAUAGUCCUAGCUGGUCUAGAACUCACUGUGUAGUUCUAGCUGGCCUAGAACUCACUAUGUAGACAAAGCUUGCCUCAAACGGACAGAUGUCUACCUGCUUUUGCUUCAUAAGUGUUGGGAUCCACCAUCAUGCUCAGAGCUUUCUGUUAACACUUUCAUCUGUAGAAUGGGAAUUGGGUUAUUAUUUUAAGAAAUGAAUGUCUAGUGUACUCCUUGGGCACAUUGUUUGCAAUUAGUAUGCAGCAGGUACUUUUGGUAUAGGCCACAUGUUGUUACUCUGUCUUUUCCUGGCCAUUCUGGCCCAGGAUGCUCCCAUCCCUGGAAGACCUGAUAUUGCUACUAAUUGUUUUCUUGUCUUUGGACAUAAUUCUGUUUUCCAUGGAUGCAGUCGGCUCCUAAGUACAGAGACCUUGGUGCUUCCUUCCUAUUCACCAAGCAAUGUCUUGGACUCAUUAUAGUAUCCUUCAAUCCUUGUCGAACAGUUCCUUCCUAUGGGUUCUGUGGCACCUUAAGGGCACAGCUAUUGGUCCAGGCUUGCCUUUGCUCAGGAGCAAAACAGCCACCAAAGCUGCAGGAUUGGACUUUCCUCCCCAGCAUUUUAAUGAUUAAAGAAGAGUUGUCUAACCUUUUAGUUGUAUUUAUUUUGGGGGUAGUCAGUGAAAAGGUCCUCAUAUUUUCUCACUUUUCCUCUGGAUAACCAGAAUACUCCAGAUAAUUCUACUGGGAAAUUCUGGGAAUCUGCAAAUAGACAAUUGCGUGCCUCCUCAUCCAGCGCUCCCCUGCGUGUAUCCUGCUGCCACAGCUAUUCAGUUGUAGAGGUCUAACUUGUUUAGAGCCUCGUCAUCUUUUUCUGAGUGAUAUUAGAACCCAGUCACUGGGCUGUUAUCAGCUAGCCAUGACCAGAAGGAUGCCUGGGUACGGGACAACAUCUAUAGCAUACUGGCUGUUUGGGGCCUGGGCAUGGCGUACCGUAAGAAUGCUGACCGUGAUGAGGAUAAAGCCAAGGCCUAUGAAUUGGAACAGAACGUAGUGAAGCUGAUGCGAGGUCUUCUCCAGUGUAUGAUGAGGCAGGUGGAUAAAGUGGAGAAGUUCAAGCAUACUCAGAGUACCAAGGACAGUCUACAUGCCAAGUACAACACUGCCACAUGCAGCACUGUGGUGGGUGAUGACCAGUGGGGCCACCUCCAGGUGGAUGCCACCUCCCUCUUCCUCCUGUUCCUGGCCCAGAUGACUGCCUCAGGUUUGCGUAUUAUUUUUACCCUCGACGAAGUGGCCUUCAUACAGAAUCUUGUCUUCUACAUAGAGGCUGCAUAUAAAGUUGCUGAUUAUGGAAUGUGGGAACGUGGAGAUAAGACCAAUCAGGGCAUUCCAGAAUUGAAUGCAAGCUCAGUGGGAAUGGCCAAGGCAGCACUCGAAGCAAUUGAUGAACUAGAUCUUUUUGGAGCCCAUGGAGGACGCAAAUCGGUGAUCCAUGUCCUGCCUGACGAAGUUGAGCACUGCCAGUCAAUUCUUUUCUCCAUGUUGCCGAGAGCAUCAACAUCUAAAGAAAUCGAUGCUGGACUUCUUUCUAUUAUUUCUUUCCCGGCCUUUGCAGUAGAAGAUGUGCACCUUGUGAAUGUGACCAAAAAUGAAAUUAUUUCCAAGCUUCAGGGGCGUUACGGAUGCUGUCGCUUCCUUCGGGAUGGUUAUAAAACCCCAAGAGAGGACCCACACCGAUUGCAUUAUGACCCUGCUGAACUUAAGCUUUUUGAAAACAUUGAAUGUGAAUGGCCUGUGUUCUGGACUUAUUUAAUCAUAGAUGGAGUCUUCAAUGGUGAUGCUGUUCAGGUCCAGGAAUACCGAGAAGCCCUGGAAGGAAUAUUAAUCAGAGGCAAAGAUGGGAUCCACUUGGUGCCAGAGCUCUAUGCCAUCCCACCAGACAAGGUGGAUGAAGAGUAUAAGAAUCCACACACAGUAGACCGAAUUCCACUGGGGAAGCUGCCCCAUCUUUGGGGACAGUCCUUGUAUAUCCUCAGCUCACUGCUAGCCGAGGGUUUCCUUGCCACUGGUGAAAUUGAUCCGUUAAAUAGAAGAUUUUCUACUUCAGUCAAACCUGAUGUUGUAGUCCAAGUUGCUGUUUUGGCAGAAAACAGUCACAUUAAGGGGCUCUUGAAGCAACAUGGAAUAAAUGUCCAGAGCAUUGCUGAUGUGCAUCCAAUUCGAGUCCAGCCAGGCCGGAUUCUUAGUCACAUAUAUGCCAAAUUGGGACAAAAUAAGAAUAUGAAAUUGAGUGGUCGACCAUAUCGGCACAUCGGGGUCCUUGGCACCUCUAAACUCUAUGUGAUUAGGAAUCACAUCUUCACUUUUACACCCCAGUUCACUGACCAGCAUCACUUCUACCUGGCCCUGGACAACGAGAUGAUUGUGGAGAUGCUGAGGAUCGAACUGGCCUAUCUGUGCACCUGCUGGCGGAUGACUGGCCGCCCCACUCUCACCUUCCCUGUCACACACACCAUGCUCACAAAUGAUGGCUCAGACAUUCAUCCUGCAGUUCUUUCUACAAUUAGAAAACUGGAAGAUGGCUAUUUUGGAGGUGCUAGAGUAAAACUAGGAAUCCUGGCAGAGUUCCUUACUACCUCAUUCUACACAUACCUGACCUUCCUGGAUCCAGACUGUGAUGAGAAGUUGUUUGGUGACAUCAGUGAUAGGAGCUUUAGUCCUGACAGUGAGUCAGACCUGGGAGGAUACCUUGAAGACAGCAGUCAUCAAGAAAGCCAAGAUGAACUUGACCAGUAUAUCAGUCACCUUCUUCAAAGCACAUCCUUGAAGUGCUACCUGCCCCCUCUUUGUAAGAAGUCAGAAGACAGCCAUGUUUUCAGUGCUGUCCACUCCACUCGGGACAUACUUUCUGUGAUGGCCAAAGCAAAGGGUUUGGAAACUCCAUUUUUUCCCAUGAUUUUGCCAACUAGAGUUCUAAGUGGACACCGUAAGUCACUGAAUCUUGUUGACUCCCCUCAGCCAUUCCUAAAGAAGACUCCUGAAUAUGACUACCAGUGGCCCAGAGAUGACCAGGAUGAAGUGGACUGUGAGAAGCUAGUUGGGCAACUGAAAGACUGCUCAAACCUACAGGACCAAGCAGACAUUCUGUACAUUCUUUAUGUAAUAAAGGGUCCCCGCUGGGAUACCAAUUUGUUUGGACAGCAUGGAGUCACUGUUCACAGUCUUCUCGGCGAGCUUUAUGGAAAAGCUGGCCUGAACCAAGAAUGGAGUUUGAUUCGCUACAUUUCAGGCCUGCUCAGGAAGAAAGUGGAGGUCCUGGCUGAGGCCUGUGCAGAUCUGCUGUCCCACCAGAAGCAGCUUACAGUGGGCCUGCCCCCUGAGCCCCGGGAGAAGACCAUAUCUACGCCUCUUCCCCCAGAGGAGCUCACAGAACUCAUAUACGAAGCCAGUGGACAGGACAUCAGCAUUGCUGUCCUCACACAGGAGAUCGUGGUUUACCUGGCCAUGUAUGUCCGGGCCCAGCCUAGCCUCUUUGCAGAGAUGCUCAGACUCCGGAUUGGAUUGAUCAUCCAGGUGAUGGCCACAGAGCUGGCUCGGAGCCUGAACUGCUCAGGGGAAGAAGCUUCAGAGAGCUUGAUGAACCUCAGCCCUUUCGACAUGAAGAGCCUUCUGCAUCAUAUACUGAGUGGGAAGGAGUUCGGCGUAGAGAGAAGUGUGCGCCCAAUACACUCCUCCAUGUCCAGCCCUGCCAUCUCCAUCCAUGAGGUGGGUCAUACUGGAGUCACCAAAACUGAGAGGAGUGGUAUCAGCAGACUGAGGAGUGAGAUGAAACAGAUGAAUAGGCGAGCUAGUGCUGAUGAGCAGAGGUCCAGCACACCGUCCUCCCCGACAGGCACAUCAUCUACAGACUCUGGAGGACACCACCUGGGCUGGGGAGAACAGCAGGGCCAGUGGCUGCGCAGGAGAAGAUUGGAUGGGGCUAUCAACAGGGUCCCUGUGGGAUUCUACCAGAGAGUGUGGAAGAUCCUUCAGAAGUGCCAUGGUCUAUCCAUCGACGGUUAUGUCCUCCCAUCUUCAACAACCCAAGAGAUGACCCCUUGUGAGAUCAAGUUCGCUGUCCAUGUGGAAUCAGUGCUCAACCGUGUGUCCCAGCCCGAGUAUCGGCAGCUACUGGUAGAAGCCAUCAUGGUACUGACACUGCUCUCAGAUACGGAAAUGGACAGUAUCGGGGGCAUCAUCCAUGUGGACCAGAUAGUGCAGCUAGCCAAUCAGCUGUUCCUGCAGGACCAGGUGUCAUUUGGAACCACAGAUAUCCUGGAAAAAGACCAAGCCACAGGAAUUUGCCACCUCUUUUAUGACAGUGCUCCCAGUGGGGCUUAUGGCACAAUGACCUACCUAACGAAAGCAGUAGCUUCUCAUUUGCAGGACCUGUUGCCCAGUUCAGGCUGCCAGAUGCAGUAAGGUCUCACCCAUAAACAUGACCACCCUGAAUCUUAUUUGGAUCCUCAUUGGGAACUUUCUUCUGCCUCCCCCCUAGAGCUCCUUUUCUGUCACCAGAGCAUGUCCCACCGGAAAGCUUCACAAGGAGAGAUGACAGCACUCAGGCUAAAAGCAGGGUGUGUUUAAGCCACAGAUAAUGCUGAUGAAUCCACUGCUCCCCUGAGAAGCACCCUGGGAUCAUUUUCUAGGUUCAUGUCACUGGAACAUUUGUCACAGCAUCUGCUCUCGUGGACUCCAAAAAGGAACUGGAAAUUGGUCUCUUUUGAGUGCAGAGUGAGCUGAGAAGCAGCUUAAAUUGGCUCUCACCAAGAGUUACAGAAAUAGGUUCGAUGAGCUAGUGACACAUCUUGAAGGUAGAAAGAUCCUUCAGCAACAAUAGAUAGACAGGCAGACCCUGACAGGGGCACAUCUUAAGAGAAUGAGUUCUGUCUUAACCAAGCUGUUUACCAAACAGAAUAAGUCUCUCUGGAAAAAAUUUUAAUGCCCCACUCUACUCGGAUCAUGAAAUUCUUCAUUGCCAAAAUGGACUAAAUUGUCCCUAGUUAACUUUGUCCUGUAGUCUUCAGAGGAGCUUCUCCUGAUGUUCAUGAAUUAAUGGAGUAUCCUCUUGCCUUAGGAAAAUCCCUUAUCUUCCUGAAUCCAGAAAACAAUAACAACGACAGAAAAAGUAUCUGACUUUUCUGAUAGGCAGACAAACCUUUGUUUUAGGAUUGUAACAGGUAGGAAGUCCCAUGGAAAGGCCUGUGUCCCUGCCCCCCCUGAGAGCACUGUCAUGCAUGCCUAGAGCAUGUUCUUGCAGAAACAAUGCUCCCUUUUCUUCAGAAGCACGCACAGAUGGGUAUGGGUAUGGUCAGGGCACCGUGACAGACAAGGCUCAGGCCUGACAAGGUCUGUUGAAUCUGUCACCAUUCUCCUGGUGAAUAGAAUUUCUUUUAAAGCCUUGUCUUCCCCAUGUUAGGACAGGGAUGAAAAGAAGAGUUUCUGUGAAUAAUCAGCCCUGAAAGACAAUGUCACUGGUGCCCAAGUGUCAUGUUCCCGUUUGGUUGUGAAAGGUGACAGUUCACAGUGACUUUUCACCUCUGAAAUGGAAACAAGCUCCCUCAGCUUCUCACAUUUAUGUGGAGAUGAAAGGAGGAUGGUGCUUGGAGGUGCCCAAGUCCCUCAUAGUGUAGAUGCAGGGGAUCGCACUUUAUUCUCAAAGCAGAAGAUAGCAGGGAGCCAUGGUGUUCCUCAGCAUCUCUAGGCAUUUUUUAAAAAUGCAUUUAUCUGUUUCUGUGUGUAUUCGUGUGUGUGUGUGUGUGUGUGUGUGUGUGUGUGUGUGUGUGUGUGUGUGUGCGCGUGCGCACAUGCCACCUGUGUAGGGGUCCCUGUGGAGGCCAGAAGGAAGCAUUGGAUCCCCAGGAGCUGGAGCUGCUGUCAGUUUUGACCAAACUCAGGUCCUCUGUGAAGAGCAGCGAUCACUCUUAACUGCUAAUCCAUCUCUCCUGCCCUCUUGUAUCUUUAAGACAUUUUCAGUAUAAUCCAGGCUCAGAGUCAUAUAAUUGGCUAACAGCCUCCCUGGUAGAGAAUUUUGAACAUACAGUAAAAAAAGAUGCUGGCAUAAAAGUGCCCAGUGCUGCAUGAGAGAAGUUCUAGAAGAACUAGUCCUUCAGACUGGGCCCAGGGCUAACUCUGAGCACUCAGCCUGCCAGUGAUGUGGCUGUGACGUGAGAAGUAGCAGCUGCUGCUUUGGGCUGGAGAUGAGACUCUGGCCAAGGAGACGAGCCACAAAAAGCAAUUCGCUGCAGCUUUCCAGCCAUUCUUUGAAAUCUCUUUCAAAUGAAGUCCUGAAAUAGGAGUGCAUUUCCACAGGCAGCAAGCUGCCAGCUUCAAAGGAGGAGAGCAGGCUUGGAAGACAAUCCCUUUAGUGAGCCACUGAGGCCAUACCUGCGACACACAGAUGUUUGAAAGGAUGACAAGCCCACCCUUGCCUACAGGUACUGGUGGGGAAGAAGGCCUCAUAGGCCCCAUGGCCUUGGUCUUGGUUGAUUGUUCUCCAACUCCCAGGGGCAUAGUAGAGAAGCUUUUGUUCCUGUUUUCUCUCCCAUAGCUGAAAAGUCAGUUUUUUUUUUUUUUUUUUGACCUCUGCAGGGGACUAGAAUGUGGUCUCAGAGGACCAACACAUCAGGGAAUCCAAGAGUUAAAAUGUCUUUUAACAUAUUCAGCUUAAAGGCAGCCCUAUGGUCUGUUCUGUGGUUUUAGCAUUAAGUUUACUAUCCUAGCUCUGACACCAGUAUUUGGUGUUGCGCAAGCAAAUUGAUCUCUGUGUGCCUUAGUUUACCCAUCUGCAAAGAAGAGUAAGAGGCCUCCUGACUGGUAUGGAAUUCCAUACCAGUUAGGUAACCAGAUAUAUCCUAGGACAGAAGUAGACCAUGUGAAAUGAGGAAAGGCUACUGUCAGGUCCAGUGGCUCAAGAGGUAAAAAUGUGCCAGGUUAUUCCACUCGUCUUCUCAGCACAGGAAAUAGUGGUUGUCAGGCGUCAGCUUCCCAGAUAGAAUGCAAAUGUGUCUGCUGGAACAAAAGGAGAGCCCGCCAAUCAGGAGCCAAGAGAAACACUUUGCCAGCUGAUUGAUGCCAUUUAUUUCUGGACAAGAUGACAGGAGGCUUGGCCUCCCUUUCUAUAAAUUACAGUGGAGUCAUCUCUGCUCUGUUGACUUGUGCCCAAGUCUGGCAAGUCACCUUUGUCUGUUCGCUUCCUUAUUGUCAAAGGGGACAACAGUUUCCCAUCUCUCUCUCUCUCUCUCUGUGUGCCACUCUCUUUCAAGGUGACUUCGGCUUUUGAAGUCCCUGCCAUCUGCUCUGUGCAGCUCUGUACUUUGCAGGGUAGAAGAACAUCAUGUUCCCAGAAUGCCUUCUGUUCCUAGACAUGGCCAUUGAUAGUUCUGCCUGUGAAGAAAAGCAGUACUUGGCCCUCUCAGUGCCCCGUACCCCUCAUCUGUCCAUCAGAAAGCCAUGAGGGGAAUGAGUCUCGUGAAUUCUCAGAGGAAUGAGAAGACCAGAUAUUAAGACUGGUGUCCAAUUUUAUGCUGUGUACCUGACUGAUGUUAGAGAAAAUUCUAUCAGAAAACUGUCUUUUUAAGAGACUAUAUAUGUGCAUUUUUAAGGACUAUAAUACUUCUCAGAGGGACUGGAAUCAAUAGAAGCGGCGAACUCUGGACCUGUAUGACUUUCCCCUUGCCUCACCGCAGUUUAUAACUUCCGAAAGACUGAACAAACAAUCCAAAGGCAUUUGCAGCAUGCCUUGUAUGGCCAGGCUUCACUAAGUAAGCACACAGGAGCUUGGGCAUGCACGGUGGCAGCUAACAAGCAGCCUGCUCAUUUCUGAAGCCCUCAGAGGAGAGGACAUUGACCAGGCUGCUGCUCCGAGAGCUCUUCGUGCUGAUCUGUUGACAUUCACAUCUCAGUUCUAAAUCUGGUGGCUGCUGAAGGCUUCCACCUCCAACUAGUACAGGUGAGGUGCCAGGCUUUGAAAGGAUAGGCUUCAUGUUGACUAAGCUGUGUCCUCAUUGAGCACAAGGGAUAACUGAUUUCAUAGCUUCUUUUAGAAAUAGAGGGGUGGGUGGGCGGGUAGUGUGCAGAGGUGUGCGUUGCACCUGUGCACACUUAGAAGCUAGAGGAAGACACUGGGUGUCCUGUUCUAUCUCCACCUCACCCCCUUGAAGCAGCAUCUCACGGACUCUGGAUGUAAGCUAAAAGCCAGCAGGCCUGUCUACUCUCCAGUGUGCCCCCACUUGUGUAUACAUGUAUCCAUAUGCAUAGAUGGUGCAGGAGUUCUGGUCACAUGUGUGACUACACAUGACCUUUUGUAUGAGUUUUGGUGGUUUAAACUCAGGUCCUUCUGUUUGCAUAGCAAUACCUGCUGGGCUCUGUCUACUCUCACAUCUCCUUUUCUGAAGGAUCUUCCCAGCUACCAACUCAGGAUGGACUUGCCAAGGAGAACUAUCAGUAAUUGGCUCUAGGCUCUCAUUGCUGUCCUGUCACUUUUGACCAAAUGUUGUAGUGCUUGUUUGCAAGUAAAUCAAAUAAAUCCUAGCUGGGGAAAUAUGGAAGAUAUUCCAUAACGAAGAUUGGAUAAUUCACAUAUCAUCAGAACCAAAUCUCCAGAUUGCUCCCAGGAUCACAGAGGUCCCUGAUGCAGGAUACUGCCACCAAAGCCAUCACCUCUGCCUUUCUGGAAACAAUGUAGGGACUGCUACCUGUCACUGGCAUGGACUGCAAACAGCCACAAGCUGCACUUAGGCAGGAGUGCAGUAGCAGCUGGAAGCAGUGGCCCUUAGCUGUGCAUCUGCCUUCUACAGUUGGGGUAGACUCAAUCUCACAGUGUAUAGAGAAUGAAUAGGGUUAAGAUCAACCAUCUGAACAAAUGUUAUUCCAGCCAGGAGUCUAGUUUUUGUUCCUUUGUCCAGAAAAGAUGAGCCUGUGGCCUCUCUUUCCCAGGUGUCUGAUCUGGACAGCUCGGCCAUCAAAGUCACAUAGCAGUAGUGAAGGGAACACCUGGGCCUAUCACCCCUGGCUGGAGGCAGGACACUUGGAUGUUUGUUCUCGUUGGAAGUGCAGCUGCUGAGCUGCAGUUGUCAGGUCACCACUGGUGUCCAGGGACAGCCCCACCCUGCCCCACAACACAGUCUUGAGCUUCAAGGAGCUGUCACAAAUCAGUCCAUCAAAGUCUGGGGGAGCUGCUGAUGGGCCAUACAUUCUUCGUGACCACAAACCCAGCCCCAUUAGGCUUUCUGGACCAUGAGUGACAGCCCAUCUGGAACAAGAUGCAAAUGAUUGUCACAUCGUUCCUUCUAAGCCCCUAGCCAGCUGGGGGAUUUAAAAAUAAAGAAUUGGAACCGAA